GCUGGAGGCGGCGGCGGUGGCGGCGGCGACGCGUCCCAGCCGGACCCAGUCUCCCGCCGUCCUGAGCAGGCCUGGAAUGGGUAAUGGUGUGAAGGAAGGUGCGGUGCGUUUGCGUGAGGAUGCCGAGGCUGUCCUGUCCUCACCCAUCUCUUCAAAGAGCGAUCACAGGCAAGUUCUUAGCUCCCUCCUGUCCGGGGCCCUGGCCGGCGCUCUCGCCAAGACAGCGGUAGCUCCCUUGGACCGAACCAAAAUCAUCUUCCAAGUGUCUUCCAAAAGAUUUUCUGCCAAGGAGGCCUUCCGACUCCUCUACUUCACCUACCUCAACGAGGGCUUCCUGAGCCUGUGGCGCGGGAACUCGGCCACCAUGGUGCGCGUGGUGCCCUACGCCGCCAUCCAGUUCAGCGCGCACGAGGAGUACAAGCGGGUCCUGGGCCGCUACUACGGCUUCCGCGGAGAAGCCCUGCCCCCUUGGCCCCGCCUCCUCGCCGGCGCUCUGGCUGGAACAACGGCGGCUUCGCUGACCUACCCCCUGGACCUGGUCAGAGCGCGGAUGGCGGUGACCCCAAAGGAAAUGUACAGCAACAUCUUUCACGUCUUCAUCCGCAUCUCCCGAGAAGAGGGGCUGACGACCCUCUACCACGGAUUCACGCCCACCGUGCUGGGGGUCAUUCCCUACGCCGGGCUGAGCUUCUUCACCUAUGAGACACUCAAGAACCUGCACCGAGAGUACAGCGGCCGCAGGCAGCCCUACCCCUUUGAGCGCAUGAUCUUCGGUGCCUGUGCUGGCCUCAUCGGGCAGUCGGCCUCGUACCCGCUGGACGUGGUGCGGCGGCGCAUGCAGACGGCAGGUGUCACGGGCCACCCGCGCGCCUCCAUUGCGCGCACCAUGUGCACCAUCGUGCGGGAGGAGGGCGCCGUGCGUGGCCUUUACAAGGGCCUGAGCAUGAACUGGCUCAAGGGGCCCAUCGCCGUGGGCAUCAGCUUCACCACCUUCGACCUCAUGCAGAUCCUGCUGCAGCGCCUGCGGAGCUAGGGCCCUGCGGUCAGCGCUCUCGGGACAGGGAGCUGGGCUUCAGUGCGCGGUGGACCGCUGACCCCUUCUAUUUCUGAGCCUAUGGAGCAAGGGUGCGCUUGGUUCUACACCUGGGAGCCGCGUUGGAGCGCCUUGUGGAACAAGCAGAUAGGCCAGGGGGGCUUGGGCUCAGCGCCUACAGGUGCAAAAGGAAAGCACCCUGCCCCGGAAGUGCAGUGUUGGGAUGGGUGGGCCAGGGCCUCCUGCGCUCUCCUCUUCCCUCCUUCCCAGGGCUGGCGCUGCCUCCUGGAGGUGGGGUCCUAAACGCCCUGAGUGGGGAGUGGCUAGCGCCUCCUCCUGGCAUUCUGUGUCCUUAGACGUGCUCCUGGUUCUAGUGACUCGGUCCCCGCUGGGCCCAGAGCCAGACGCCUGCCCCCUGUUGUUCUGAGACUGUGCCCAGGGGAGGGAGGGGCCGAGAGUGUGGGACAGGCCUGGCUCAGGCCCUGGGCCCUGUCCGAGAUGGGACCAGCCUCCUGCUCAACUGUGGCUCUAAAUGCAGCCUCGUGCCCUGCCCCAUCCCACCCUGCCUGUCUGCCUUCGCCAUCACUUCCCAGGUGACACGACUCCUCUGUCCCCAGAGCCUCCUGUUCGUUCAGGAACAGCCUUCUCCCCAGAGUGUUAUCCUGAUCCUAGCCCUGGGAUUAGGUCUUCCCCUUUGUUGCCUGCCCACCCACUUUGUAAUGUUCCCAGAAGGUUCACGCCUCCUUCCAGGCAGGAGGGUUGGAGGAAUCGCCAUGGGUUUGGGUCUGAGCCCCAACUGGGGCAUCUACUGAAAACUGGGUGCCCAGGUGGCCUCCUUGGGCCGGGAAGUUCCCGCCCCACAAUCCUGACCUCUGCCCGUAGGCAUGGUGGCUCCUAGGGGACCCGUGGCAUCUGGCACAUCACCGGCUCCCUACCUGAGCGGGCGCUUGGCAGAAUCACAGGGCAGUUUCGGGCUCGGUGUCGUCUGAUUUCCAUGAACAGAGCACGUGGAGGUGGCUGGCAGCCUUGAUCCUCCCAAAGGGGGAGCCCCUGAGAGAGUGUACAGCUUGGGGACUGAAAGCUCAAGAGGAGUCGGGGUGCCCAGGGCGCCCCCAGGGAGCUCUGCUCACGGAGAAGUCCCUGGGCCCUCCAGUGUCACCAGGACUCGGAAAUGCCUGGUUCCUGAUGACGUUUGGAGUUUCUUGAUUUUUUUGUUUUGUUUUUCAAUUUGGCUGACCCUGGGUCUAUUCACAGCUCUGACUCAUCCUGUCUGGUUCCAGGACAAGGGGGACCAGGGGUCAGGUUUCACAGGGCUCGGCAGCCAGGGUGUGUAAAAGGAUCUGUUAGGGUGUAUUUGCCCCAUGACUAUUUCAAUCACAACUUGCGUUUCUUCCCUUCAUUGUUUCUUGUUUCUGUUCUUCUUGCCUUGGACCCAUGGGGGUGAAGACCCCUCUUUCUGCCGUUCCUUGCCCGUGUCCACCGGCCAGCCCUAAUCUCGUCCCCAAACUCAUCUUUGGGCCCAGGCAGCCUGUGAUGGCUGUCCUGUUGGGUGAGCAUCCCACCCCGUCGCCCAGCCUUGCCCAGCACCCAAGCUUGGCAGGAGAGGCAGGGUGGCCCCCACAGAGAGACAGGAUAGGGACCCAAGGGCGCCCGGAUGAGAGAGAGCAGCAGGGACUGGGGGUCCACCCCAGGCCGCUGAGACCAGAUGGAUUGUUGGGCAGCGCCCUCCUUUGAACCACAGGCUGGGCAGGAGAGGGAGGGUCCCCAGGGCCUGCUGGCCCCAGUGUGCCUCCCCAAGGUGGCUCCGGGCCAAGUGGGCCCAUACUCGGACGGGCUGGUGAGCUCUGCCGUUACCCACCUCCCCAGUGGUUGCCUGUCCUGGUCUGGAGUUACAUUUGAUGUCAUGAAGACACUUUGUUUAUAUAUAAUGUUUAUAUAUUUUAAAGAUUUGUGCCAAGAGAGUAUAUUUAAUAAAAAUUAAAGUGACUUUUUCUCCUGCCCAUGUCUCUUCUUCGGCUCUGACACCCACGCCCCAUGAACCAAAAACAGGGUUGAAGUCACU